CAUUUCAUGAAGUAGGAAGUUAUGAUACCUUCAUGCAGAAAUACAUGGAAGCAAUUCCAUCCAAUGUCUCCUAUGGGAAUACUACGAUUGAUGCAAGCUGCUACACUCCUCGGAAGGAUUCCUUUCACAUCUUCCGAGAUGCUGUCACCGGAGACCUGCCAUGGCCAGGGCUCAUCUUUGGUUUGACCAUCCUUGCUUUGUGGUACUGGUGCACAGAUCAGGUCAUUGUCCAAAGAUGUCUCUCUGGCAAGAACAUGUCCCAUGUGAAGGCUGGUUGUAUCACGUGCGGAUACCUGAAACUUUUGCCCAUGUUUAUUAUAGUGAUGCCUGGAAUGAUCAGCCGAAUUUUGUAUACCGACGUGGUGGCUUGUGUGGUGCCUGAAGUCUGCAGGCAGUACUGUGGCACCUCGGUUGGCUGUACAAAUAUUGCUUAUCCGAAAAUGGUAGUUGAGCUUAUGCCAAAUGGUCUGCGGGGUCUGAUGUUGUCAGUCAUGCUGGCCUCCCUUAUGAGCUCCCUGACUUCCAUUUUUAACAGUGCCAGUACCUUGUUCACUAUGGACAUUUACACCAAAAUUCGAUCACGACCAUCUGAGAAAGAGCUUAUGUUAGCUGGAAGGGCUUUUAUGUUACUUUUAAUUGGCAUCAGCAUUGCCUGGGUUCCUGUGGUGCAGUCAGCUCAAAGUGGGCAGCUCUUCGAUUAUAUUCAGUCGAUUACUAGCUACCUGGGACCUCCCAUUGCUGCUGUCUUCCUGCUUGCCGUCUUCUGCAAGCGGGUCAAUGAGCAGGGUGCCUUCUGGGGCCUGAUGGUUGGGCUUCUAACUGGACUCAGUAGAAUGAUUACAGAGUUUGCCUACGGAACUGGCAGCUGUGUGUCCCCUUCCAACUGCCCAUUCAUCAUCUGUGGGAUUCACUACCUUUACUUUGCAAUUAUUCUUUUUGGGGUUUCCGCCAUCGUCAUCCUGGCAGUCUCCUACAUGACUAAGCCCAUUCCUGAUGUACAUCUUUACCGCUUGUGCUGGUCUUUGCGGAACAGUAAAGAACAACGUAUUGAUCUUGAUGCAGAGGAGGAACAGAACAAAGACGAUGAAAAACAUAAGGAAUCAGUUGAGGAAAGUGAAGAACCUGGGUGCUGCAAGAAAGCAUACAACUGGUUCUGUGGCUUAGAUCAACAAAAAGGACCCAAACUGAGCAAGGAGGAAGAGGAAGCAUUGAAGCAGAAACUGACUGACACAAGUGAAGUGCCGCUUUGGAGAAAUGUUGUGAAUAUCAAUGGCAUCAUCCUAUUGACUGUGGCUGUGUUUUGCCAUGCCUACUUUGCAUAA